GGAUGAAGAUAAUGCAGGGUGGAAAAUAGAUUUCCUCAAACUGUGCGAAUUCCACGAAUUCCAAGGGUGCUGGAAAAGUUUUCACUGAAAAUCGCUCCGCGAGGGGUGAAUGUUCCGAUAAUACACUCGGGGAAUGCAACUUUUCACAGAAAAGUUUGGUAGUGUUUCAUUUAUUGAUGUUCUGAAGCAAGUUACACGGGCCGGGAAACACCGGGUAUAUUGCCAAUUAUGAUGUAGGAAAGUGUGUUGCGUUGGGAAGUAAAGUUGACAUCAGGACUAUGGUACAACUGCCACGCAAAGUAUGAUCAAAAGAAAAUGUGAAUGGUGAAAAUUGACUGCCGUCAUGUGUACGUAUGUAGAAGAACAAUUACCGCUGUGUACAAGCAAACACGAAUCGAUUAUAGAAAAAACCACCGGCUGAUGCGUAAUGCUUGAAAGCGGAGACAAGGAAAUGAUUCGGGGUGGUGUUCGAGCAGCAUGCUUUCCGUAAAUAAAUUACCCUUGACCUGAUUGUUUCAUAAGCUGUGGCUCAGAAUACAGUGCAGUGUAAACUAACUCUCGUUAUUAAUAAACAAACAAAUCAUGUGGUUGCAAGUGGAUGAAAGAAGUAUUCUUUGGGAGACAGUUUUCCGGUCAAGUACUAAUUAAACCGGCAAACCUUCGAAGCUUUCUUGGAAAAUAUUGUCAUAACACGGCGCGCAGCUCCACUCCAGUCCGGACGACGACGGGCUCAGAUCAAACCAAAGCCCAGUGCCGCCCCACAUCCACAUGGGCUUGCAGUAAUAACUUUUAAUUGAAUCUUCGAGUGUCGGACUCGGUGCGAGGCCCCGGCGAGCAGCAACCGGCUCGAAGCUUUUAUGAAGGUUUUCCAGCUAAUCCGUACGUGAGAUGUGUGAUCCAAUGACGUCGUUGCUCGUUAGAUCAGCGGCAGUCCCAUUAGAUGUGAUUCAUUAGCUGACGUGCUCGAAUAGCGUCAUCCUCAACUGGCACAAACCGAAUCCAAACAAACCUCGAACCGACGAGGUAUGAAUUGGGGGAAGAAAGGUUUCGCAAUUGAUUCGCCAGUAGUCGUCGCGAAGAAUCGUUAGAAGAGGGCGAGGAGGGUCAAACAUGGUAUAGAGCUCGAUAAUCAAGAUACCCUAGCGUCGUCAUUGUCGUUGGCUUGGUAGUGUAGAGUGCUUAAGAAAAAGAAGAAGGCUGAAGUUGUCGUGAAUCGUUCACUCGUGUGGAACCGGACUUGUGAGAGAGCUGUUGGUCAAAAAGGAAUGUUUAUGAGCCCCCUUGGGUGUAUGUGAAUGUGAAUAAAUGAUAUUAUUUUUUAAUUACUAGUUGUUAAAACAGAACAGAAAAAAAAAACAACAGUGUAAAGUGCAGCUGGAUCGUUCUCGGAGUCGGAGACGUCGGCGAGCUAGUUGUUUCUAUAAUUAAAACGUCUCUCGAAGUACAAAUAUCUGUGUUGGAGGAAUUACCGAGAAAAAUUAAAAGAAAAAAAAAUGCUCACUCAUCAAUGCUAGUUUUAUGACGAACAAGUCAAGCUAUAAGAGUCUCGUUGCGCUGCCGAGCAGUGAGCCGCGCUAAAUUGGAGCGCAAUUUCCGAGGACCGCGACAAUUCGUUGGCGGCGGCAAAGCCAGUACCUGGAAUUUUCGGUGCGGCACCGCUUGCUUAUCCGGUUCGGUCCGGCGGCCGUUGCUGUGAUAACCCACGAGCGGCACCACCGCGGCGGCAAACGAACGGAAGUAAACGGACCAGCACGGGAAUAGAUAAUCAACCUACGAAACCCAACUGAAGCAGCGCCGUGUGGUAAUGCUAACGACAAACAAGCCCGGGGAAGAAAGGCCCACCGAUACUGUAAUGGGAACUGGUUGGUUUUAACACCCGGACGAAAGCGGUGCGGAGCUGCGGUCAAGUGACAAAGUGCGGUCCGAAGAAAAUCGGAGAACGUGUGAAGAUAUAUUGUUACAGUGAAAAUAGUUAUUUGAUUAAUUAAUAAGCAUAUUAGUGUCGUCGCUCGGCGUUCGUUUUGGAUACACACUGUGUGGGUCGGUUUUCCCUUUAGCGGAUCAAUUAACAUAUUUGUGCGCUAUUUACAACCAAAACAACAUCCGACAGCGCGUGAGUCGACUCGUGUACGUACAGGUAUAUCUGUGCCGUGUGUGGUGUGUACCAGUUUAAAUCAGCCGACAUGCUGCACCACAAGCGUAGCUCGUCAUCCGUCCGGGCAGUGCUGGUGAUGCUCAAGUCAGCCGGCAGGCGGAACCGGAGUAGGUGUCACAACGUUGGCGACGUUAAACUGCUGACAGUGUUGAUUGCUGCCUGUCUCACGGUGGUCACCGGUCUGAUUGAUAGGGCUCAGGGUGAAGACCACUGCAGCGAGCAUCGAUAUAAUGAUUCCCUUGCCAGCGACUACAUGCAGUUCACCAAGGAGGUAGCCGAUAGGGAGUACGGCGUUUUGGGGCAGUUUAAAAGUUUACACUGCUGCGCGAAAGGGUACAGGAGCAUCGAAUGGUUCAAAAACGGUCAACCAUACCCAUGGGGAGGUGAUAUAUCGUCGCUGAUUGUGUACCCGGAGGCAGCGAAUCAAACCAUUUACACCCACCGGAUAUCGGAAACAGAUAUCGGCAACUACAGCUGCGUGUUGCGGAACGACACCGGUAUCAUACGGCACGACAUCGAGCUCCGGAUACAAGAAGACAAACCGGACUACCCGCUGCCGACGUUUAAACCGAAAGAUGUGAUCAUAAACCUGGGCGAGACGGCGCGAUUCUACUGCGAGGCGUUUGUGGGAAAGCUCGAUCUGCCGGAUGCGACCAAUAAAAUCGUGUGGAUGCAGAUGCUCGACGACAAGCCCGCCUCCAUUGUGGACGCGAAUCAGUUGAACGUGUCUAGGGAGGACGGUCAGAUCAUCGGGUCCUAUCUGUCGAUACCGAAAAUUCAGCAGCACCACUACGGUCGUUAUCGGUGCCAAAUCACGUCCGGUAAUUUAGAGCGACCGCUGGAGUUAGGAAUGGAGCUCUCGCCAGCGCAGGUCACUGCUGUUGAAGAUCCUGAGCUGGAUCUUGUGGGACUGGUAAUCAUAGCGAUAGUAGUGAUGGCACUGCUCGUCAUUUUGGGACUCAUCUUCUGGAAAGGACAACUCAAGGAACACAAUGACAAUCGCUGCUCGGCACAGUUCAUCGCUGAUAACGAUGUGUAGACGUAUUUUGUGCGGUUUUAGGAUACUUUCCACUUCAGAAUUAAUUUAUUUCACUCGACUCAAGCUCUGAGCUAUGAUUGUAAUUUAUUUGUCUAACUUCCUCAUUAGUUAAGAAUGUGCGUAAAUCUUCAACUCUCCUUUAGGAUUAAGUUACGAGGUGUAAAUAGUUUUCGUCCAACCCAAAGGUAAAUCGUUCGGCUCGAUUUCCGUUGUUUUGUGACCGAAUGGAUAAAAAUGGCGAAAUCCAGCGUUUGGGAAGCCAUUCGAGAGACUGACUUUUGUGAUUUUGUAGAGGUUACGGGUAACCAUUCAAUUCAUCAGUAUAUUUAUCAAUUGAUUUUCCGAUAAGAUUGGAUUUAAUAUUACUAUUGACUUCGAACGUCUUUUUGUUAUAAGGUUUUCGUCAUUAUCAUCAUCGUUGCCUCAAAAAUGUUACUGUGACUUUCGGAAACUAGUAACGGUUACAAAUCUCACAAAGUUUUAGCAAUCAACGAUUUUUGUUGUUGUUGAUUCUGAUUCUUUUUUUCUGAUCCAUUGUUAUUCUCAUGUAAACCUGAUUCACUGGGUCAUUUAGAAAUCAAAAUUUUGGUACAAUAUUUAUUAAAAAAAAAGAAAUAAUAUCCUCGAAGCAUUAUGGUCAAAAUUGCAUUGGUUACCCCGUAUUGCUGUGCAUGCCGCUACCGUUAGAUGUAUUUAUAAGUUUUUUUAGGACUACGCCAAACGAACCUACUCGAGUAAACGAUUCGUGACAUUCUACUAAAGGUCACUUUGAGAAAUCAGCAAAUAAGAGCUUAAAACUAUAAUAUACAGAGAUAGGUAUACAACUAUUAUUACUCGUAUAUAUACGUUAAACGUCAAUCAAUAGUGAUUACAAAUGAGCUAAAAUCAAUGUUGGCUUUCCAGAGACUAAACUGUAUUCCAAUUUGUUAUUAGGUUGGCAAAUGCGUCAUUUAGCUAAAAGCAAUACGAGAGGACGUUUCGGAUUGUAGUGUUGGUACUAUUCAAACGCGUUGUUGGUAUUACUCGAACGACUGUGACUUGGAAUUCGGUUCCGUAGGUGUUAAACCAGUGAAAGGAAGCACAAAUCUGGCAACCUUGUAUGUUCUUCUGAACCAUUCCUUCUCCUUUCAAACCAAGUUUGAUUCUAAUGUACUGUAAUGUAAAGUUGUUCAUCCUCAAAUCGAAUUAUUUAAACGGCAACACUAUUUCUGUGUAACAAUCAAUCCAUAUUGUUAUAUACUUGUAUGUACUAGCAUCAGAGAGUAUCAGUACUUCAACUGAGAGGUUCUACGCCACAAUUUGUAAUAUUGAUCAAAUAUAACAACUUAAAGUUGUACAUAAUAACUGUAAAGGAAUACACUGGAAAAAAAUGAACAAAUACAUCUCUCAUAGAAACUAUUGUA